AUGGAAAGGGGAAACAUGAGCUUUCCCAACACUUUAGUGCAACUGGGAUUCUCAGAGUUUCCGUGGCUGGAGAGGCCACUCUCUGCAGUGGUCCUGGUCUUCUACCUACUUACACUGGUGAGGAACAGCUCCAUUAUCCUCCUUUCCCUGUUGGACCCCAGACUCCAGACACCCAUGUACUUCUUCGUAGACAACCUCUCUCUACUGGACCUUGGUCUCACCUCCACUAUUGUGCCCCAGCUGCUAGCCAACCUGUGGGGACCAGAAAAGAUCAUUGCUUCCUGGGAAUGCAUUACACAGCUCUAUAUUUUCAGCUGGACAGCCUGCUCUGAAUGUGCCCUGCUGGCCGUGAUGGCCAUUGAUCGCUAUGUGGUCAUCUGCCAGCCACUCCAGUACACUCUCAUAAUGCAUCCCUGGGUGUGUGUGCAGAUGGCAGCUGCCUCCUGGUCCAGUGGCCUGGCCAGUUCUCUGCUCCAUGACACACUGACCCUCCAGCUUCCCUUCUGUGGGCACCACACCCUGGAUCACUUCUUCUGUGAGGUGCCUGUGCUCAUCAAGUUGGCCUGUGGGGAUGCCACUGCUAAUGAGCUGACCCUGGCUAUUGGAGCCAUCCCUUUCUCAGGGAUGGCUCCCCUGAUGGUGGUCAUCUUCUACAUCUUCAUUGCAAGGGCUGUACUGAAAUUCCCUUCAGCUGAAGGAAGGCACAAGGCACUCAGCACUUGCAGUUCCCACUUGCUGGUGGUCACUAUGUACUUUGGUCCUGCCAUCUACAUGUACCUCCAGCCUCCAGCAAAUCACACUCAGGCCAAGUUCAUGUCCUUCUUCUACUGCAUUAACACUCCUGUGCUCAACCCACUCAUAUACACCCUGAGAAACAAGGAUGUGCAGACAGCAUGGAAGAGGAUUCUGCAAUCCCAGGAUCAGGUGAGGUCUUUAGAAGCCAGAUGA